AUGGCGGCGGCGGCGCGGUGCCUGUCGCGGAGGGGCGUGGGGCUCGGGCGGCCUCCUCGCCGCGGAGGGCUUCUUUCCUCGCCAUCAUCCCCCUCGCCUGCCUCCACCUCGCCGUGGGAGCUGGUGAGGCCCUCGGUGGCGGAGCUCUCCCGGGCGGUGCGGAGCCACAUCCCCUGCUCGGUGCCCGGCUGCGGGAAGGUGCUGCCCAACCCGCCGGCGCUGAGCAUGCACCUCAGCAAGGCCCACCGCCUGGUGCCUCCUCCUCAGGAUGGAAAAAUAAAUCCUGCAGUAAGAAAAGACUUGAAAACACCACAGAAGUACUACUGCUGUCCUAUUGAAGGCUGUCCGAGAGGGCCACAAAGGCCCUUCUCACAGUUUUCACUUGUACGACAGCACUUCAUGAAAAUGCAUGCUGAAAAAAAGCAUAAAUGUGACAAGUGUAGCAAUUCCUACGGCACUGUGUGGGACCUUAAGCGGCAUGUUGAGGACUGCGGCAAGACCUUCCAAUGCACCUGUGGGUGUCCCUAUGCCAGCAGGACAGCACUCUUGUCUCACAUUUAUAGGACUCAGCAUGAAAUCCCUGCUGAACACCGGGAUCCACCUAGUAAGAAAAGGAAAUUAGAAACCUCAAUAUCCAAUCAGCUGCUGGGAGAAAAAGUGAAAGAGGCACCUGCCGGUAUCCAGACGGAAUUCACUCACUCUAAAGACUUUGAGACUUCUGAGAUCAAACCAGCAGCUUCCUUUGAGGAUUCCAACCAAUCCUAUACAACGAAACAAACACAAACACAGCCAAAAAAUGCACCAAAGUUGCUUCUGCCAAAACCAAAAGUGGCUUUGGUUAAACUCCCUGUAAUGCAGCUUACUCACUUGCCUGUCUUUGUAUCAGCACCGGACUCUUCUGUCAAACCUGUUGUCGUUGCUGUUGAUAACAAAGGCUCUGUGAUGAACACUGUUCACUUAAUGCCUCUGCCUGUCGUAUUUAUGAUGCCUGCGCUGGAGACUGAAACAAAUGCACUUAAAAGUUCCCUGCCCUUUUCUAAAACCAAAAACACAGGCGGCGUGGAGCCAGUCAGCACGGGGGUCCAGGUCAAUUUGGGUAAAGUUACGCCAUCAGGUAAUGCAAUGCAAGGUCUGGAGGCCAUAUGCUACAAGAAUGGGAUUUGCUCCACAAACGUACAGACUGAUUUAUCUUACAUUUCACAGAACUUUGUGCCUUCUGGAGCCUGGGCUGCCGAUUCCUCUGUCUCGUCUUGCUCUCAGACAGACCUGACGUUCAGUUCGCAGGUUUUGCUGCCAAUUAGUGUACAGACACAGACUCUGUUACCUUGCUCAAAGCUGACUUCCUCCAUCGCUGCUCAGACCGACACACUCGCUCAGGCUUGUUUCCAGUCUGGUGUUAUUUCACGGGAGACUCAGACCAAUAGGUCACAGAAAGAUAAGGAUGGGAGAGUACAAAUGGACCAGUCUGUGAUGUGCAAUGACAUUUUUGACAGUGUCAGCUCAUCAUUUAACGAUUCAAGCCCCGUGGCUCUUUCGGGCCCCAACUUAGUGUCAACAAGCCUGGGUCAAAGUGUGUUACAAAGAGGAAGCUGCAGGUCUUUGAAUCAGGAGACAAAGUGUGAACCAAUGAUCAGCUUCAGUGCACAGAAUAAUAUUAUGACAGACAAUCAGACCCAGACAAUGGAGUUACUGAAUGAUCUCGAAACUAUUUUUUCAAGUAAUACAGCAGGACAGCCAUUGGAUAACCGUACUCUGUUGGCAGACACUAAUUCAAAUUCCAACACUCCCCUUCCUUCUGGCUCUGCACAGAAUGCAGGAAUAGAUUUCGACAUUGAGGACUUCUUCACUGCCUCCAAUAUCCAAACGCAGACAGAAGAGACCAAGCUUGAUAACUUGAGCACUGAGCCCGUUUUGGAAUCUCUAGAUAUUGAAACUCAGACGGAUUUAUUUUCAGAUGAUGCCAUACAGCCCUAUAACUGCAGAAAUAAUCCCAGUUUCUUGGCUUUGGAGAUGUUUGACACACAGACCCAGACGGACUUAAAUUUCUUUCUAGACAGCCCCUAUCUUUCCUUGGGGAGCAUCCUGAAGCAGUCUGCCUUCUCUAUGAGCACAGAUUCGUCUGAUACAGAAACACAAACAGAAAUGCAGUUUCCUGAGCGGAGUGCCUCCAACCAAAUGGCGGAAUGCAAAGUGGAACUGAGCAGCGCUGAAACCCAGACCAUGGAUAGCUGCUUUGAAACUUUAGGCAGCUUAUUUCUCACCAGCAACGAGACCCAGACAGCGAUGGAUGACUUUCUUUUAGCCGACUUGGCCUGGAAUACAAUGGAAUCACAGUUCAGUUCAGUGGAGACACAGACUUGUGCAGAAUUGUGCUCUUUGUUUCAAAGUACUGAUAAGACAAGCCCGUGAGUGCUUUUUGUGAACUCUGCCUUUCCUGAGGAUUAUGUUAUGUGCGGGUCGGAGAAACUGAUCCUGGCGUCCAUUCUCAUGAAUGUAACAGAACUUAUAAGUUGGUUUACAAACCUUGUCUUAUUAUGAAGUACUUCUAACUGCUACGUGUUCAUCAUUAAUAUGACUCCUGCGUACGUUUGUUCCCUGUAUCUUAUUGCUAUGUAUUUGAACCUUUCAUGACUAAUGAGUCAUCUGGUGCCUACCUCUGCUCCUUACUCAUCGCCUUUAGUCAUGCCUGUCCUCUGAGUUUGACACUACGGCUGCAAACUUUAAAGUCAUUUAUUGUGAGUAAUUGCUGUGC